UGACUGGUGGAUUUUUUUACGCCGAAGAAUAUGGCGUCAGCAAAAAGUACGCAGCUGAUUGGCGCUCUUUGCAACGCCGAUAUACUUAAGUACUGCUGCUAGUUGCGCCGGAUGGCGACCUUGUCCCGGAACAUCAUGCUCUCCAUAUCAAUACCAGGCCAACCAAAUUAUAUCCUUCCGGAGCUCAUCACGACUGCAUUGGCAGCAACAUCCGGGCGGGCGGAGAUGUUUCUGACGAUCCCGACGCGGGGGAUAUGCGACCCCUUGCAGGACAACAGAAGGGGGGUCACAUCCUGAUCUCAAGGUUUCGGGCACGACCCAAGAAGAUGACCACAGAAGAUGAUUCCGGAGGACGGUUUUGUUGAUGAAGCGCUCGUGCACAUUAUCCUAUGUAAAACCGUCCCCACCCAAAAGUUGUAAUGCAAAUCUGCAUGCUGAAAAUGUUUCUCAUGCGGAGCCCCAUGGUAGCCAUUUUCAAAUGCUAUCUGGUAGUUUGUCAUGCUGGAAUCACGAUAAGGUAGCCAAUUUGUCAUGCCGCUGCACCAGCUAAACAGGAUUACACUACGAACCCGAUAAACUUGUCAUGCUUGACAGCCAAAACUUGGGGAUUUGUGUUGCAGAUUUGACAGCUUGACUAUACAGAGGGUGGGGACGUUUUUACUCAGGAUACACAUCGCUUGCGAGCAGAACAUUUUCCCCACUACCUCGCCGAAAACCAAGAGGAAACGCUUCCUGAAGGUGCAUGAAACCUUCAUGCAAAUCUAUGAAGAGGCAGAAGGUACAGGGCCUGGAAGAAGUGCUUCUGCAGUGUCUUUUUGCUUGACAGUAGUUCGUUGCGUCUUCAAGUACAGAAGAAGUGCCAAUGAUGAAUGUCAACGUUGUACAUGUUGAGGACAACUAAUACAGUCGCUUUUGUCGUGUGCAUGUUGAGUAUACUAGUCUACUCAACAUCUUGUCUCAUGCUUUUCAAGCGCUCAUCAUCUAAAUCUUUCUCACAACUACAGGUGACAGCAGCCAAAUCAACAGCGUGCGAGAGACGUACAGUGCGAGUUUAUCGAAAGGGAAAUCCGUCGGGGGCACACCGCUUCUUCACACCGAAAAUUUAUUGCUUCGCUAUCAUUAGUAUCUAUGCAGAAUCAGUAGCACUAGCUGUGCAUGAUGCCGCCUAUGAGGGACUGCUGGGAGGUAUGUUUUGACACGCCAAAAGAAUGUACUGUGAGUCCAGAGGUGAUAAGGAAGUAGCAGGAGGUAAAUUAAUAAAUCGUAUAUUCUCGCGGUCGCGGUCGUGGUGCGGAUGUAGUCGCUCGCAUUUUUCCCUUGCAGACUCUGCACUGCAAAAGCGGUGGGAGCAGCUCCAGGUUAUUACCAAGACGGUGCCGGACCAGUUUGUCUGUAUUGGUACGAUCCCAGUUGUGACAUCGGCGACCACGGCCUCCGUCGCUGCGGCAGGCUCUUCCUCGACUUCUGCCUCUUCCCCGGUGGUCAGCAGCCCCAUCAUUCGCGUCACCACGCCGCCGUUCUACAGCACGAGGAAUAACAAUUUGAACCCGCAAAAUAGUUUUGGCACGACCUCUACCUCGACCUCCAGUCGGGCGCCGAGCGCAGCGGCUGCGUCCUCGUCCACCUCGCCCCGGAAAAAUUCACCACCGGAACAAGGGGGCCGUGUGCGUUUGGGAGCAGGCUCACCAACUUUUCCAAACGCGGCAGUUGCACCAGCAGGAGGACCAGCAGCCGCAAAUAUGACCGCGAAGGAGCAGUACAGCUCGACGGGAGCGGCCCGCGCCAGGGUGGAGCGCGAAGUGCACGCGGUGGGAUGCAGUGGGGGAGGUGGGAGCAGUGGCAGCAGCAGCUCUUCAAGUUCUACUACUACAGCUGGUGGCAAGAAAUACAACACCAAUAAUUAUCCACCGAACAAACCACCACCGCUCGUUGCCAACAAGGGUGCGGAACCCAUGACGCAGGCGGAAUUCCUGGACGCGAAUGCGUACGAUAUAACUCCUGCUCUUGGUUCAGCUAGGUCCUCAAAUCCCUCAUCUUCGAAAGAGAUAGUACACAGAUGUACUAGCCCGUCAUCCAGCACGACAACGAGAGGACUCGACACAUCAUCAUCAUCGGCGGCAAGUUCUUCCAGCAGCAGCUCUAGCUCAUCCAGUGCUCCUGCGGGCGAGGGAGAAAAUAUUACAGAGUCAAAAAAAGGAACAUCAUCUUCUUCAUCUUCACCCGGAGGUCGUCGGGAAGAUGCGUCAACCAUCCCAAGGACACCGCCCACGCCCCCGUUGCCUGAAACAAAUAUUAAACUAUCGCACCUUGCAAAUAAUAAUAUUAACCGAGAUCAUCGAGACAAGGCACUGCACCAGCAGUCGGCGCAACAGCUAGGGACCACCACGACGAGCAAGAUCUUGACCAGAAACAAAACGCGGCGACGCAGAAAAUCUUCCGCGGCAAGAACACAGCUGCUGCAGCAAAACCCGGGAAGUCAUCUGAGCUCCCUGAACAGUUCCGCAGUGCUGGAAAGCUCGGACGAGGACGGAGAGAUAAAGCCGCUGGACAUGUCCGAAGUGAAAGCUAGCAUCGGAAGGGCCAUGAGACACAAACAGGGCAUAGUUGGGGGUUCCUACGGGACAAGCAGUUCGCCCGAGGACGGGGAUGAUGUACUGACUUUUGAACGUCUGUUUCAUCCGUGUUGCAAAAUAGAACGCACGUAUUCGUAUGAAUGUAGGUUUUGGCUUUGAUGUUGUAACUAAUGGACUGCACGAGGGGAAAUUGGCAUGAUGGAAUUUGGAUUUUUUGCAUGUAAAAAAAAAACAAACUCUAAAAAACUCAGGGCGACGGGGGCGUCUACAACCACCCUCACGGUGGGGGCCACAGUUCCGUCGGGAGUGAGGACGCGGGAUACACGAGAGAGGCUGAAUCUCCGGACCAUUUCAACAGUAGCUCCUCGUCGUCCGCUUCCGGCUCAGAAAGUGUCGACCAAAGAAAACCCGUCUUGUUCCGCCCGCUGGCGCGAGGAGGGAACAAGUCGCCGGCUUCUGCAGCUGGUGGACCUCCACUUCCAGGGGGGAUGGGCACAGCGAACAAACGGGUGAACAAUAAACAGGUGAAGCCGUGUAGAAAUGUUGUCCUCUCGACGUAACCUAAAUUGUGUGGGUACUCAUGAAUGAGGUAUGAUCUUCAAAUAAAUGAUAUGCGUUCAUCUACUUGUGACGCGAGCGCGGAAAAGGAGAUGCACAUAUCUUGCAUGAAGAACAAGAAGUGCACAGUAUGAUUACACAGACCUUCUCGCCUACCCCUUCUCUCUCUGCACCCAAAACAGGCCGCUACGACGCUCCGCGAGGUUUCGGUCACGACCGUGAAGCCGCAGAAGAGAGCGUCUCUUUCCACCUCAGACGCAACAGACACCAGCUACGGUGUCUACCCGGGGCCCUCCCCCGGCGUCGCGUCUUUCCGGACCGGUUGCAAUUCGGGUCAUUAUCUCGGUGGUAAAUCUUCCCAAGUGUCUGUGUCAUCCUAUGGCGUUCUCAAACGUUACAUUCUCAAGUGUUACAUGAAUUUGUGAUGCAAGAAUGGCAAAAGUCAAAGCAGGGAGGUUGCACCUGUAGCAUUACAAACUCCGCACAGAUUUAGGCGCUGUUUAGCCUUUCCAGAUUUGUCAUGCGAAGUAGCUUCACCCUGUGGAUGUUGAUCCUCAUUUUGCAUGACAAAUUCAUGUAACAGCUGAGAAUGUAACAGUUGAGAACGCCAUACAUCCCGUCGCAGCCAGGCCAGCUCGAGCUUUGUGACUGUGGCAUCGCCUGGUGGUGAGAAUUCCUCCUCUCCGCUGCUGAGAACGGCAGGACCUGGUCUUGAUGGGAGCAGAAGUAGCGGUGUACUUUCAGAAGUCACGAGGAGUGAAAAUGAUAACGGUGGGACCACAACGACAAAGAACGACGCCGCACUUCUAAGGCCCUCUGGUACUUCUAGUGCCUGCUCGUCAAAGCCGCCGAGACUAACUGGCCGCGAGUCGAUCGAGAGCAUGAGCUCUUGCCUCUCGAGGGACGAAGAGAUGGACGGGAACGACGAAGACGGGGUGGAGCGGGCUAGUGUAGUAGACAUCACCGGAAGUGCUAAAGCUAAUGCAGCGGCGGACGAUCAUGUUGAACUCGACGCCGACCACUCUGGGGUCACUGGAUGUAAAAAUACACCAACUACCUCAGGCCCUGGCGGUAAUACAACUACAUCGUUGCAGGUGCAGCAGAGCCCAGCCGCCGGUAGUUCAAUAUCAUCUUCGGCUAGUACUAGAAGUGCACAACUUCCAGGUCGCCCGCCCACGCUGCCAACGAAGAAGAACUCCUCAGCGGCAACAAAAUCCGCUCCCUCUGCAAAACUCAGGACGUCAGAGUCUGCAACUUCAGGCACGCAAGAUGAUGAACAUCAAGUCUCUCCUAUUUUAUCCGGAGGAGGUUGCACUAGUAGUGCGAGCAAUUCUACCUGUUCCGUUCCGUCCCCUACAGGAGCCACUGCUUCGAAGCAGCACCAGCAGCAGUUUCGAAAACAAAACGUCCCGACUUUCACUGCACCUGCAGCCGGCGCACGACCCGCCGCGAGCUUGACGAGCUCGCUGCUUUCUCAUGCCGCAAGCAGCAGUGCAAGUAUGAGCGCCGGGACCACAGCCGCUGGAAAUAAAAUAGAUUUGGUAAAUACGCAGCCGGUAAUGUUUCCAGGAACAACAGCCGGUAAUAGUAAAUUAUCCGGUGCAACGUCUACAGCAUCGAGGGGUGCAGCUAGUGGUCACAGCUCCUCCGGGUCGCAGAGCUAUUCUUCCGGUAGGUAUGCAAAAAAAACCAAAUAAAGUUUCGUACUCGUUGUAUGUAUUCUUGCAGUACAACAGCAUGACAGAUCCGGUUAUAAUUCUUGCCUAGUUCAGCAUUUUUACACGUUCUGUUUUUCUUUGUGGAAAAAGUUGCUGCUAAUGCCGCUAUUUCUACUCAAUAGUACGAAAGCGAAUACUUUUGCAAUGCAUGAUAGGGAAGACGUGGUGAUGCGCGGGAACAACAGCAAUCACGGAGCCGGAGGUGGCGGUGUAAACUCUUCCUUUUCCUCUAGGUUUUCAUCUGAUGGUGCUCCUCGGGGAGGUGGAACAAAAAGCAACACCAGCAAAGCUUCUUCUUCGUUCAAGAACCGACGGGCGAAUUUGCUCGAUUCGUUAAACACAAGUGAUGAGGAUGAUGACGAUGAUAGUCACCCUGCUUUCUCGAGUUCCAAUGAGGGCGGGGGCAACUCAAGCACAACGUCGGGCGCAGCGAUGGUCGUUGGUGGCUCCUCUGGUGCGACGUCCUCGACGGCCCACCAACAACAUCCUUUCGCGUGGGUCAAGACAGCAGGUUUGACAGGUGGCUGCAACCAUUUGGCUGGAGCUGUGCCGAGCUCCAAACCGGGCGGGACGAGCAAGAGUCACCAAGUUCAUCCUGGAACUAGUGGAAGCUUGAGCAGCAGUGGGCGGGCUGUGAACUACAGCAAUUUUAAUCACGCAGUAAUGUCGACCGGGACCACGCCGGCCGACAGACUGCACGCGAUGCAGAGCCGGCAGAGCCAGACGCACGCCGUGAAGGUGAUUUUGGAGAAGAAAAGCUAUCAGGAACAGCUGCUCCGAUUAAAGCACAACGUGGACAAGGUUUCGAACGAAGACGACUGGAACGACUUAACCGAGGUAGAGCGGGACUUCUCGACGAAGCUCGGCUACCAGUUUCUAAGCGUCACCGGGGGAGCUGCUAGUGCUACAACCGCAGGAGCAGGAGCUACUGCAGCACCCUCCGGAGGAGCCCCCGCCGGUCCUCAAAGUGGUCAGCAGGGCAACAAGAAUCCGAUAGGCAAAGCCGUUUUCCACUUGCUCAGUGUGCUGAUAACGCAGAGUAUCCACAGUAAAGUUCCCGUACACGUACAAAUGCAGUCUCUGCAUGACAAAACUUGCCUUCAAUCCUAGUCCAGCAUGACAAGUUGGACUCUGCAAGGUUGCGAAAUUUGUCAUGCAUUUUGUACAUGUGCAGGAAAUUUACAUUGCAUACAGAGUGACAUGUACGCUCGGAAUGUGGACCAGGACUGGAAUCCGGACCGCUUCAACGUUAUGGUAGUGUCAGGAUGGAAAUCGACAAAGUUGAAAUGAUUUGUAAUGCAUAAAAUGCAUGACCAGGCGUACGUGUGUUGCAGAGCAGGCAAGUGAGCCCGAUUGUAAUCCUGUUUGGGGUUAGAGCUCGAGCUGCUAAAGUAGCAUGAGAAAACUAGUCUUCUUUGCCUAAACAGCAUGACAAACUGGAUUUAGACGGAGCCGAGAGCUGUCAUGCACCGCUUAGAAAUUGGGCUUCGAACUGGCAUCGAUUUCAUGCAUUACAAGUUAUUUGUGUAGUGGUUUCGGUCAGUUUAGCAUUACAAGUUAUUUCAACUUUGGCGAUUUCAAUCCUGACGCUUCCAUAAACGUGCACCGGGCAUGCAUGAAAGCGCGAAUCACGUACUAUGACGAGAUUAUUCGCAACUACUUAAAUGGAGGUAGUGCAGCUGGGUGAUAAUGAUAUCGAUAAAUAUGUCAUCAAUAUGGAACCGAAAAAUUCGAAAUUCUUAACAUCUCUCUAUGUCUAUGUUGCUUCAUCCACUUUCAUUCUUUCAACUUAUUGUGCACAAAAAUUUGCUAUGCUUGUCGCGUGAUGUGUAGCCCCCACAUUUUGGUGUUGGUCCUUCUCUCUACUGUACUCUUGAAUAAAAAAAUGGCGAGCAUGUUUUCAUUUGCACUUAAACUUGUCGCUGCUCAUAGUCGCACAGUCACGGCACUUGAUAUAGUUGUGGAGCGCACGAAUAUGUAUUCCAAUUUCCACCUAGUAGAACUAGUUUUUUAGACGGUAAUAUAAUAUUUUUCGGUUUAGGUUUAGGUAGGCCGCCACCGCCGCCGGCACGGGAUGGCUGUCGUCGCGACCGUCUCACCUCCGAUCUACGCCUUCUCCUGCCGCACAAGUUCGAUCCGGAAAGGGUUUAGUUUAGGUUUCAGGGUUUAGGAUAUCCACUUUUAGACGGUAAUAUAAUAUCGCGAUAUUUUAUAGUUGGCGCGGAGCAUUUGAUAUAUUGGUAUUGAUUUUUCGGGUGCGGACUCGAUCUCCGAGCACGCAUAGAGCGAGAGCCACUUACGAGUCGUGUAUCGUUUUUGAAUUUUGGUAAACUAUGUCGUACAGCAGCCGAAGGUUUUUUUGAAAAGGCGGACAGUUUAUUUUCUUUUAUCAUGCAGCUGCUGGUGCUGCUGCACCUUUAGCUUUACCACCACUUAGUCCUCAGGUAUAACGUCGUCUUUGCGAGUUCGUUAGUCGAAGAUGUCUUCUUGCAAAGCGGUUGCUCUCUGUCUAUUGUCAACUAAUUUCUUUUGUCAUGAUUGUACGCGGCAAGAACAUCAACGGGCACAAAGGGAGUCAUCGUGGAACUUGGCUUCGUCUCUUAUCAACAGCAGCAAAAGAACAAGAAGAAGACUUGGGAGCAGGAGACCCCCACUAAAAGCCAU